UCCAUCAAGUCAGUUCCAGGAUGGUUGCCGACUCGUGCAGAAGCAGACCGGACGCAGAGCGAACGUGAUACAAUAAUUUGCUUCGAUCCGCGCGGAGACCCGGUUUUUUUUUCGUUAUCCGUUGUGAGCUUUUGUUGUUGUUUGGUAGUGUCAAGAUCCAGAAGGGAGCAAGUAAGUAAGACGAUACGUCUGGUCCCGGAUGACGAUGAUAGCACUGGAAUAGCGGGACCAAGCAGAGCAAACUGGCGGUGGUGUGUACGGUUACAAAUUAAGGGACUUUGUCAUUGCAGCGCGAAGGAUUAAUUGGAAGGGUUCGUCGCUUGUGCUUCCCCGUUGUUACCAAACGAGUUCUCGGUUGUGCUUUUUUCCCGCAACAGUGUGAAUAAAAAUUCUGGUUAGUCGGAAGAAAAAUUAUGUGAAAAGUUGCUUCUCUGAACCGAGGAAAAUAUAACAAAAUAAGUGUGAGCGAGUGUUUCCUUAUCGUAAGUUCAUCGUGUUCUGAUAUUCAAGAAGCAUGAUAUUUUCGAGUGAUCGGAUUCUCGGGUGUUUUCCGUCAGUAAUGCAUAAUUUGAUGUUAACUGGCUUGACGCUGUUGAUGUUGCUGGAUGGUGCUGUUAUAGCCUCUGGCGAGGAAUCUCCAGCACAGGAUUUCGAGAUACGGUACCUGUCCGGAGAGCCGGACUACAAAUCGGUCAACCUCACCUGGGAGGUGGGAGCGCUGGACGAUGGCGAUGAGAGACACGAGCCGACACAGGGUGCGGAUCAAGGCCGCCGGGGACGAUCGUUCAAUGUGUUUUACUGCGAGCUACAGAACUGGGGUCCGCAUCGGUGCCGAUCGAAGAUAUUGACGGACAAGUCAGGCGAUAGCGGGAACAUCAAGACGUACACAAUGACUGUGAACAAUUUGCGAAUGGCAACCAAAUAUUCGUUUCACGUGAAGCCACAGGCCAAGCCGGGAGAUCAGAAGGCUAGUGGUCGGUCAGAAGACAGCGAGGAUGAAUUCGAUGUGAAUUCUAUCAAUCACGGACAGACGGUGGUCAUUCCGACUAAAGGAUUUUCCGCCCACGCCACCCAAUGCCUCCCGCACGCAUCGGAAAUCGAAGUCAAAACCGGUCCCUUCUUCGGGGGUCGCAUCGGUUCGGAGAACGGCAACUGUGGCAUCCAGGGAGACGCCAAUAGUCCCCAGGAGAGCUACACCAUGCGUAUAGAGCACGAGAAGUGCGGUAGCCGAGUGAGUCCGGAGGAUUUGAGCGUCGAAUCUUACAUAACGGUGCAGGAAAAUCUGGGCAUCCUGACGCACAGCACGAGACGGUUCGUGGUGGUAUGUACCUUCCAGCCGGACACGUUAACCGUCCGAGCGAGGCUUGCGCUGCCAGGGAAGGGAAAAGGCGGUGCCUCACCGGUUCCGAUGAGCGAAUGGUGGCCCACGAACGGGGGACGGAACGGUCGCGAGAGGCAUUUCAACAUGGUUGAUAAGAGUAGUUUGGUUCUGAAAGGAUCGGACGAAGAAGAGGUUGAGGAUAUAUCCCCUGCGCAUGUUAAGGAGAUUGAGGAGGAUGAGUUUAAGGGGCUCAGUGGGAACCAUAUUGAGGAGAGUUCCAAUUUGGCGGACGAUACGUCGAAACAGGAAUUGAGUUCAAACGAGAAUGAAAUCGCCGAGAAGAAGGCGAAUAAACGACGAGCGGAUAAAAGUGAACCGUUUCGUGAUGCGAAAUACGCGAGGUUAUUUAAAACGAAAGCAGCUGCUACGGGUGACCAUGCUGUAGAUACAACUGAUGCGGUCAGUAGCGAGGAGAGGAUAACCACGAGGUCUGCGAGUGACAGUGGCAGUUGGCCUUUGGACACAUCCGGCUUGUUGAUCUCUGCCUGCCUUGCCAUAAUCAUGAUCGGUGCCUUUGUGUACGUUCUGAUGAAGGAAUUCAAGAAACAACGAAUGAUUCAGCAACAUCAACAGCACCAGCAAAUGCAACGGCCCCCGAAUCGGAUGGUGGCGUUUUAAGAUCCACGUUAGUGAUAGCAAUAGACUUAAUAAUUAGAUUAUUUUUUAUCUACUAUCAGUCUGUCUGAUUUAACGAAUGAUAAGUUUUAAAAGCAGAGUGAUUGUUAAGGAGAAACUUCGUCUAGAAGCGAUCAUCUAUACUUUUAUGCUCUUUUGUUUUAUUGAAAUUCUAGCCUUCGCGGGAACUUUAAAAUUGUUCUACUUUCUGCUAUGAAUUGCACUAAUUUCAAUUUCUUGAAAAUGACUGAGCAUAAAUAUUAACCAUAAGGAUCAUACUCUCAUCGUAUCAUCGUAUUAAACAAAAUCUUGUUUAGAGAAAAAUGUACAAAAUUUAACGUUCUGAAUCAUUCCAUCAAUGAUCAACGAAUUAGAUAUGAAUAGGAUUAGGAAAUAUGGAAUAAAGUACUUACUUUCGUCA